UUUUCAGUUUGCAGUUUUUGAGUGAUGUUCGUUGUUCAUAAUUCUUUCAUUCAAGUGAAAUAAUAAUAUGGCUGAGAAUUUGAGUCUUCAAGAAAUAGAUGAAUUUAUUGAUGAUUCUGGAUCUGAAGGGGAGUUUGAUGAUUCAGAUAAUGAUCCAAAUUAUGUUGGAGAAAACGAAGAUCAUGAUGAUGAUGAUGAUGAAGAAGAAGCAGCAAGGGUAAUACGGCCAACAACUUCAAAUAGCAGUAGACCUACAACUUCAGGAAAUUUGCGGAAAAGGACACGUUUUGAUGCUGAUUUGAGGCAGGAUGAAGGAUGGAAUUCGGAUGACAAUCUUCCAGAUUUGCCUGUUUUUGAGGAAAUAUCAGGGGUUAGGGCUGACUUGGAUGAGACCUCUACAGAGUUUGAUUGUUUUAGUUUAUUUUUUUCGAAGGAAGUGAUGAAAAAUAUAAAAGUGGAGACAAAUAGAUAUGCAGGGUGUACAAUUAUAAAACUAAGGAGACAAAAUCAAUUGAAAGAGCAUAGUUUGUGGAACAAGUGGCAUUGUGUAACUGUAGAGGAAAUGUAUUCAUUUUUUUCAAUAAUAUUACACAUGUGCAUUGUGAGAAAACCGUCAAUUGAUGAUUCCUGGGUAACAGAUCCUUUUGUAAGUACACCUUUUCCAUCUUCAAUUAUGAGUAGAGACCGUUUCAAAUCAAUUCUUUCGAUGUUACAUGUGAAUAAUAAUGAAAAAUAUAUUCCUAGAGGCCAGCCCAACCAUGAUCCCAUUUUCAAAUUGCGUCCUCUCUUUGACCAUUUGAGACAAUCAUUUUCAAGAGCAUUUGCUCCAAACUGCAAUUUGACUGUAGAUGAAGGAAUGUGUGGGUUUAGAGGCCGCAUUUCUUUUAGGGUCUACUUGAAGAAUAAGCCACAGAAAUAUGGUAUAAAAAUGUUCAUAGUUUGUGAUGCAUCAACAGGUUACUGUCUCAAUUUCGAGGUUUAUUGUGGAAAAGGUUUUGAAGAAGCUGGUAUUAUCCCACUCAUGAGAAGAUUGCUAGAGUCUUACUUCAAAAAAG